AUGCAAGCAACUCAGGAGUACGCUUCAUCUCCCAUAAGUCAUGCAAGAACGGGAUUCCCUAAGCAGGGUGGGCAGUCGCUCUCAUACUGGUUACAGCAAGUAAGAUCCGAUCCAUUACUGGAUCAUCGAACGACAGGAGAUUUACCAGACGAAGCCGACACUGUAAUCAUCGGAUCUGGCCUCACAGGCACACUGGCUGCCAAAGAACACCUGAGUGUUUGGCCUGACAAGAGUGUCGUAAUACUGGAAGCAAGGGAAUUUUGUUCGGGGGCAACAGGACGAAAUGCUGGUCAUUGUAAGCCCGAUCAAUGGCGUGGAUUCGGCAAGUUCGAGAAAGCGUAUGGCAAAGAACAAGCUAUCAAGAUCUUGAACAACGAAGCGGAUACCUGGAACGCACUGGUUGACUAUAUCCGGGAACACGACGUAAACUGCGACCUGUGGGUCGGCGACACGUUAGACGUACCCGUUGACGAUGAAGUUGCAAGGCUGGCGAAAGAGGUGUUUGACAGGUACAAAGAAGCUGGUGGGAGAACAAACCACAUCAAGGUCACACAAGAUCCCGCCGACGCGGCACGAGUGUCAAGAAUCAAAGAUGCAAAGGCCUGUUAUGCGUGGCCGGCAUCGACUCUACAGCCUUGGAAGCUGACAGCUCAUGUCAUGCGCAACAAUAUAAAGGCAGGAGCCAACCUGCAAACCUACACAACAGCAACAUCAAUCUCAGAAGCCACCGAAGGACGUAGGUGGUUCGUUCACACUAGCCGUGGCCGAAUUGCAUGCGACAACAUUGUACACGCUACCAAUGCAUACAGUGCAGCUCUCGAGCCCGCUUUAAAGGGCAUCAUCACACCAAAGCCACACAUAUGUACGAGGGUGGUACCACCACGUGUACUCAGCGGCUCCCGAGCCAUUCGCAACUCGUACGGGGUUCUGCUUCCAGAUGGUGCAUUCUUCAGCAUAAACCCUCGUUGUACCGCUGAUGGCAAUGUGAUGUUCGGAGGGUCUAAUCCGGGACAGAAAGCGCUUGACGACUGGGUCACGAAGCAUCCCGAGAACUGUAUUAACGAUGGGCUUGCAGACGCCGAAGGUGUGGUUAAAUGUGUUCGGAGCUUCAUCAACGAAAGGUUCGACGGAUGGAGUCAGGCUGAGUAUGGGCCAGGUGAAGGGAUACAGUACAGCUGGAGUGGCAUCAUUGGACUAAGCGUCGAUGGAGUUCCCUUUGUUGGAGAACUACCUGGCAAGCCUGGCCAGUGGAUAUGUGCUGGGCAUCACGGACGCGGCAUGGCACGGAUCUUCACUGCCGCCCCGGGCCUCGUCAGGCUGAUGAGCGGCACCUCGUGGGAUGCGAUAGGCCUGCCAGAUGUGUACCAGAUAACUGCGAGUCGGCUAGAAAGGCUGCAGGGGGCCACUGCCCCGAAAGUUACUACCAUCUAA